CAAUGUGAGCGUGAAAAAGAACAAAAAAAGAGAGAAGAGGAGGACAAACAGAGGAAGGAACAAGAAGAAAAUCAGCAACAAGAAUGGGAACGGAAACACAAAGAACUGGAAGAAAAAGUCAAAUUUGAAGAGCUAUCUAAAGAAAUGUUUGAAAUAAAACUAGAAGAAAACAGGAGACUGAUGGAACAGGAGAGAGAACAGUGGGAAAGAGAAAGAAAAGAAAAGUUGGAGAAGAGAAAUCAAGAAGAUGAAGAAAGACGACAACUAGAGGAAAGAAGACAAGAAGAAAUGAGACAAAUACAAAAAGAAAAAGAACUGAAAGAAAAAGAAUUAAAAGAAAAAGAGGAGAAAUAUAAAAAAGAGGAGGAAAACAGAGAAAAAGAAGAGAGAAAGCGGAAGGAAGAAGAAAAACAGCAGCGCCUUGAGUGGGAACAAAAACAAAAAGAACUGGAAGAAAAGAUCCAAUUUGAAACAAAGUCAAAGGAAAUGCAACUAGAAGAGAUCAAAAAGAUGCAACAGGAGAAAGCACAACGAGAAAGAGAAAGAAAAGAAUGGUGGGAGAAACGAAAACAAGAAGAUGAAGAAAGACGACAACAAGAGAAAAAAUUACAAGAAGAAAUGAGACAAAUUAAAAGUGAAAAGGAACAGAAAGAAAAAGAACUGAAAGAAAAGGAAAUGAAGAUUAAAGAAGCUGAAUAUGAGCGCAAAAAAGAACAACAAAAGAGAGAAGAGGAGGACAAACAGAGGAAGGAACAAGAGAAAAAACAGCAACAGGAAUGGGAACGGAAAACACAAAGAACUGGAAGAAAAAAUCAGAUCAGAAGAGCAAUCUAAAGAAAUGUUUGAAAUAAAACUAGAAGAGAGCAGGAGACUGAUGGAACAGGAGAGAGAACAGUGGGAAAGAGAAAGAAAAGAAUGGUGGGAGAAACGAAAACAAGAAGAUGAAGAAAGAAAACAGGAAGAAGAAAAAAGGCAAAAAGAAAUGGAACAGGAAAUGAAAAACUAUAAUGAAAGACUCAAAGAAAAUGAACUGAAACUAGAACAAGAGGAAAAGAAGAGAGAAGAGUUAAAGGAGGGGCAUCAAAAUCAAGUGGAAGAAAUGAAGAGGAAAUAUGAAGAAGAGGCCAGAAGACAAGCUGAAGAGCACAAUGAGUUCAAAGAAAAACACACAAAAGACACAGAAUAUCUGAAACAACUUCACAAGGAACAAAUUGAAGAAAAAAAUAAGCGUUUUGAUCUGUUGCAGGCACUGACUGCUCAAAAUCAGAUGCAGAAGAUGGAAAUUCAUCAGAAAGAAAUAAGUGUUAUUGUAAAACAACUUUGGGCAAAACCAGACAAGCUGAUUCAAAUGAAUAAAUUAAUCUCAAAACAUGAAAAAGAAAUAAAUGAACUUGUCACAAAACAUGAAAAAGAAAUAAAGAAAGUCAGAAAUGAGGAGGAGAAAAAAACAAAGCAAAAAGAGCAGGAAGAAGAGAAAGAAACUAAGCAAAAACAACAUGAAAAAGAAAUAAGUGAGUUUGUAAAGGAAGUGAACCAGCCUUACUGUGUGAUUUCAUAAAACAACUGUCUAAGCUUACGAACCACUUCCUCACUCCUCUCAGAAUUAAACUCAGGUUAGCUCUAGAUGGUAUCUUCAGUUGGCUCUUUUUGCCACGGCAGUUCCAGUCACAGGGACCUGUACUUCUGAGGUUUUCACAGAGUCGCUAAAAUCAAUUAAGCCUGACAGAUCACUUUAUAAAUGAAGAAUCUUCACUGCUAAUUUUGAAGCAUAAUACAUAUUAAAAUAACACCACAAACUAAAGUAAUCUACACUUAAAAAAAUUGGGUUGUCUUUAUAACAAAUUUUAUUUUGUGAUAAUGUUAGAAAUAAGGUUUUAAUAGCGUCAAAGAUGUACUUUUGCAAAGACAGAAGGGUCCUCCAUUUUCCCCAGAUUUGUGAAGUACAGAACUGUACAGAGUGCCAUAGUGGACAGAGCCAAUCAGAUCGUCUAUUUCAAGGACCUUAAAGAAUAAAUAAAUAUGAGUAGUCACUAAACAAUGUAUCAGGUACAAAACUGCUUUGAAAGGAUGGGCUCUGCAUAAAGAACUCCAGUCUGACCCCAGUCAAAUACUAAUACCUUAAAGUACUGUUCUUAUAGAGCUUUUAAAUCUUAAACUGGCUUUGUGUCAUUAUAAACAUAAUACUCAAUGAUGUUAUGAAUGAUUUAUACAUGUUGGAAUAAUCAGUUUUAUAUUGUUUUAUAUUUGUGUCGGUGCUCACCUUCCCCCGUCUCCAUCCAUGGCCCUGCACUUACUGUGGUUCCUCAUUUUAUCAUAUUUAAUUUGUUUUUGAGGGUCUAACUAAGUCUGCAGUCCUUCAUUGUCGAUCCUUAACCCAAACCUUUGAAUUGUAUAUGUUUUAGGUAUCAGAAAAACAAAUCAAAUCUUCAGUCUUUUAUUUUAACGAUAAUCAACAAUAAACAUGAUAUUUUAUUCACUACACUAAA